AAGACGUUUGGCGCGGUUGAUAGAGGCGACUGACAGCAGAGAGAGAGGGGUCGUGGUUAAACCUCGGCUCGUUUGUUUUAUAGUUUUUUCAGGGCUUAAGUAUCAAUAGUUAUAAGGAAAGAUAUAUUCUUUACAUAAGAGAGUAGGUGGGGUUUAAUCCGUCUAGUCCUCGCUCUCCAUUUGCCGUCUAUCGAAGCUUGCCCUGUGCAGGCAGACGGAAAUAGCUGAAAUAUGCCUCCUAUCGAAAAUGACACCGGGAAGAAUGAACUCCGAAGUCGGAUACAGCAGCUUAUUGACUGCAAUCAAGUCAUGGUUUUCAGCAAAAGCUUCUGUCCGUUUUGUGUCAAGGUGAAAGACUUGUUCAAAGAGCUGAAGGUCGAGUGUAAUGUGGUGGAGUUGGAUCUCAUAGAUGAUGGGCCCAACUACCAGGAAAUGCUGCUCGAGAUGACGGGGCAGAAAACUGUUCCUAACGUCUUCAUUAACAAGACGCAUGUUGGCGGCUGUGACAAAACAAUGCAGGCUCAUAAAGACGGCAGCCUGCAGCAGCUGCUGAACGGAGACAAUGAAAAAUAUGACUAUGACCUAAUUGUCAUCGGAGGAGGAUCCGGAGGCCUUGCCUGUUCAAAGGAAGCUGCUAUGUUGGGGAAGAAGGUCAUGGUACUGGACUAUGUUGUGCCCACACCAAAGGGAACCAGCUGGGGUCUUGGUGGAACUUGUGUCAAUGUGGGCUGCAUUCCCAAGAAGCUAAUGCACCAGACAGCCCUGCUGGGCACGGCCAUGCAGGACGCUCGCAAGUUUGGCUGGGAGUUUGAAGAAACAGUGAAACAUAACUGGGAGACGAUGAAGACGGCGGUGAACAACUACAUUGGCUCAUUGAACUGGGGCUACAGGGUAGCACUUAGAGACAAGAAUGUCAACUAUGUCAACGCCUAUGCAGAGUUUGUUGAACCACACAAAAUCAAGGCAACAAACAAACGAGGGAAGGAAACGUUUUACACGGCAGCUAAAUUUGUCUUGGCUACAGGAGAAAGGCCGCGCUACCUUGGCAUCCCUGGAGACAAAGAGUACUGCAUCACCAGUGAUGACCUCUUCUCGUUGUCUUACUGCCCCGGAAAGACCCUGGUGAUUGGGGCUUCAUAUGUGGCUCUGGAGUGCGGUGGUUUCCUUGCUGGCCUUGGUCUGGAUGUCACCGUCAUGGUGCGGUCUAUUCUGCUGAGAGGCUUUGACCAGGACAUGGCCAACCGUGCUGGAGAUUACAUGGAGGAGCACGGAGUGAAGUUCAUCCGCAAACAUAUCCCUUUAAAAAUAGAGGAGCUGGAAGCAGGCACACCUGGACGACUGAAGGUGACCGCCAAGUCAACAGAAACAGAUGAGAUCAUCGAGGGAGAGUACAACACUGUGUUGAUAGCAGUGGGCCGAGACGCAUGCACAGACAAGAUUGGCCUCGACAAGGCGGGGGUGAAAGUCAACCCGAAAAAUGGAAAAAUUCCAGUAAACGAUGAAGAGCAGACCAACGUGCCUCACAUCUAUGCCAUCGGAGACAUCCUGGAAGGCAAGUGGGAGCUGACACCUGUGGCCAUCCAGGCUGGCAAGCUGCUUGCACGACGCCUUUAUGCUGGCUCAAAAGUCAAGUGUGACUACAUCAAUGUUCCCACCACCGUCUUCACCCCGCUGGAGUACGGCGCCUGUGGUCUGUCAGAGGAGAGAGCCACUGAGCUCUAUGGGCAGGAAAACAUCGAGGUGUUCCACAGUCUCUUCUGGCCUCUGGAGUUCACGGUCCCCGGCAGGGACAACAACAAAUGCUACUCUAAGCUCAUCUGCAACAAACUGGACAACAACCGGGUCAUUGGGUUCCAUUAUCUGGGUCCAAACGCCGGGGAGGUGACACAGGGCUUUGGUGCAGCCAUGAAAUGUGGCGCCACUAAGGAGCAGCUGGACAACACUAUAGGCAUCCACCCAACAUGUGCUGAGGUCUUUACCACUUUGGAUGUGACCAAGAGUUCAGGUGGAGACAUCACCCAGGCUGGCUGCUGAGGUUAAACCCUGCUAGUUUAGCGGGCUGCUCUCAUAUUAGACUAACCUACCAUCCUUUCUCAGCCAGCCGUUAGGCUCAGCCUCAUAGCCAGCUCCUCAGUUUACAUGGCAGUCAUUUCCUCAGGACAAAAACCUAACACCAAACCCAGUGUCUGAACGCUGAAAACACAUAGGCCCGCUGGGAGCGGAGAGGAUGAGCUUAGUGAGACUCUGGCUGAGCCGGUUAGAUAUGAGCACAGCCUGCUGAACAGCGGGGUUACUCUGCUGAUAUUUCCUCUGGGCUCCACCAGCCUGUCUUCUCAGAGGAGCUCAAACACUUACUACUACGGAGCAUGUUUGUGUUUGUGCUGUUUGUGACGUCCUGGCUCGUAACCUGAUAUCCAGGUGGGCAAGGAUUGAUGUUCUUCUGCAGAAGCACCUGAUGGCAGCUCAAACCCUUCGUCCAAAUCCCCAACUUUAAACACCUCUCGUUUACCCCCAGAAAACAAAGAGCAUACAGCCAAAAUUAAGUUUUGUAAAACAGGAUUAAAUUGGCACAUAAUCAGGGUUUGAAACGGCUCUAAACUCUGGUCCAUUGUCUGAUGUAAACAUGCUAUUUAAUCUGGUUUGUGUUUGUAUAAAAUUUGAAUGUCUCUUCUCAUUCAAAACAUUCCUCAUAUCAGGUCUUUCACAUGAAUUUGAGGUGUAGAUUGCCUGUUGAUAUUUAGCUUUGCUUUGUGGAAGCUUUUGCUGCCUCUAAGAAACCUUUAUCUCACAAGUCUGCAGACUGCUCACUUCUCAAACCUUGAUGUGCUGCAUCACUACACUGUUGGGUAGAAAUUGAAAGAAAAAUACUACCUAGUUGAAGUGAAUGUUUAAACCCCAUUUUCAGAAGAUUAAUUUAAUGCUUGUUUGUUGCAUCUCGCUGUUUGCCUUUACAUUAUGUUGAUGUAAAAAUAUAUUCAGUCUUCUAGAGGACAGUAUUCUUGCUGCUGUCAGUGAGUGACAAUGUUCAUCUGUAUAAAUGGCUUGUCUGUUGCUGUCAAACCACUGUAGAUUACUUCACUUUAAACAUUUAAUAAAGGAUGAAUUCAGCUUCAA